CUUUAAGAACGUCGGUGAACACGUGUGCAGCGCUCUUCACUUGGAGAAAAAAAAAGUUUGACAUACAUUUCUGAAAUUACCAAGGAAGUCAUCCAUGUUUUACCUGCCAACAAUCGUCUAAAGAGAAAGUACUGCAUACUGUCCGAUAAAUUAACUUGGACAGUGAUACGAUGGACGGGAUAGCCCAGAAAAUUCAGACUUCAGGAUUUACUCUGGACCUGGGACCCUUGAAAGAGCCCUUGGCAUUUAUUAGAGUGCUCGAAUGGGUCUUCUCCAUAUUUGCCUUCGCUACGACGUCGGGCUAUGCCGGCUCUACGAGCAUCAAUGUGCAGUGCCAGGGUAACGGCAGCCAAGAAAUCACUGCUGCCUUUAACUACCCGUUCAGGCUGAUGGCCCAUCCAUACAGCGUCCCCUCCUGUAAGAACGACUCCAGUACCAUCCAGCUCUAUCUGACCGGCGACCACUCCUCCUCAGCUGAGUUCUACGUCUGUGUUGGGGUGUUUGCCUUCCUCUACAGUGCCGCCAGCCUGGUGAUCUACCUUGGCUACCAACACGUCUACAGGCAGACCAGCCGUGGCCCCAUUGUGGACCUGCUGGUGACCGGAGCCUUCACCUUCCUGUGGUUGGUGUCCUCCUCUGCCUGGGGUAAAGGCCUGACUGACGUGAAGUGGGCCACCAGCCCCUCUAACCUGGUAGGCUUAAUCUCCACCUGCAAGGACGUCAGCAACAAGUGCACACCAGGAGCAGUGCCUCACAUGGGGCGACUCAACUCCUCUGUGAUCUUUGGAUUUCUCAACCUGAUAUUGUGGGGUGGUAACUGCUGGUUCAUCUUUAAGGAGACGCCCUUCCACAAGUCAGCCAACCCCCCUGGUGACGCCGAGGAGGGGUCAGGGGUCAGGCCUUCCUAACUGGACACCCUGCUGUCAACGGCUGCGUUCCAGACUGCAUGCGAAGCAGUCGCACAAAUUAACCAAUCUUGGGGGCGCUACUAGAAAUGUCUUCUAGUAGCUUUAUUAAGUUGGAAACAGUUUCUUUCAUGAAUUGCCAACAUUGACAGCUUCACGUUUAUUAUUCAGAAGUGUUCGAGGUGGUGCGUUUUGAAGAUGUCUAAACGGGUACAAAACUGAAUCCAGCAAAUAUGCCAUAAAUAUAAGUCAUAGCUAGUUUUGUUUCAGAACUACUUUUGUUUCAUGCAGUCAACUGUUUUUAGUUUAACAGUACAUCUUAACACAAUGCAACGAUCAAAUGCGUCCCUCAGUUUAUUCAGAAAGAGUCGAGACGUGUGAAUUUAUUUUGUUGAUCGGAAACCAGUGUUUUUCGUCUCACACUGUUACUUUGUGGAUAGUUUAGUGUUUUUGUUGUAUAAAAAAAAAAAAAAAGCUGUUAUUCUCUCACACUCUGCUUGUUAUUUGCCAGUUAAAAUAGUCACUCUAUUUUAAAUGGUCACAGACAUUACAAGUGAUGCCAAAAGCCAGGGAUCAUCAAC